AUGUCGCCGGCGGCGGCGCCGCUGGACGACGAAAACCUACUCCCCGAGAUCCUUCUCCGGCUCUCUCCGCACCCGUCCUCCCUUCCCCGCGCAUCCGCCGUCUGCAAGCGCUGGCUCCUCGUUGUCUCCGACCCCGACUUCGCCCUCCGCUUCCACCGCCGCCACCGACCUAGCCCUCCCUUCCUCGGUUGCUUCAUCCACCACAGCCGAGGCAUCUCCUACGCACCUACCAUGGAUUCCCCCGAUCGUGUCCCCGCCGGGCGCUUCUCCUUGCAGCUCGACGAUAGCCAUCGCUUCUGGUUCCUCGGCUGCCGCCAUGGCCUCGCGCUCGUCUUCCACAGAUCACGGAAACUAGUCCUGGUGUGGGACCCCGUCACCGGCGAUCAGCACCGCAUUGCCGUUCCCCCAGGGUUCAACGUGAAUGAAAACCCGAUGCACGGGGCGGUGCUUCGUGCUGCCGGCGAGGUGGAUCACUUCCAGGUGGUCUUGGUAGAGGCUGUCGGAGUCGCCAAACAACAUACGCGAAAGCUAGCCUGUGUUUACUCGUCAGAGACCGGCGUAUGGGGUAAUCUCACCUCCAUGUCUGUUCAAUCCAAGGGUACUUUCACCUUGUAUUUUACGGGAACGUCUUCUGUGCUGGUUGGGAGUUCCCUUUACUGGCUGAUUGAUGGGGAUUUUGUUGGAAUUCUCGAAUUUAAUUUGGAGAGGCACAGUUUAGCUGUGAUAGAAGUGCCAGUGGAUAUGUUUGAAAGGUACAGCGACUUCGCGCUUACGCAGGCAGAUGAUGGUGGGCUGGGUCUAAUAAUUUUAACAGGCUGCAACGCCCGGUUAUGGAAGAGGGAGGCUGGUUGUGAUGGUGUUGCAUCAUGGGCAAUGGGAACGACUAUUGAACUGGACAAGUUACUUUCCCUACAUUCAAUGAAGGAGAAAGGGACCCUAACAAUACUAGGGUGUGCAGAGGAAAAUAAUGUGGUCUUCCUGUCGGCGGUUGAUGGUGUAUUCAUGGUCGAGCUUGAACCAUUGCAAUUCAAGAAACUUCACGUCCUGCAACUGGCUUUACUAUUAUCCAUUCGAAAGUGUCUACACUGCAGGUAA